UUAAUAAACUGGGUCCUGCUUUUCUUGUAGGAUAAAAUAUUGUUUUUGUUCAAUGUAAGGAUUCAAAUUUUGCUAGCAUCUUUUAACAGAAAAUAUGAAUUUGGCACUUAAGAUGUGAGUAAAUUAUUCAAGACACCUGAAGGAAUUGAAAAUGCUGUUAAGAGUUAACUCCCAAGGUGAAGCUAUUAGUGCACCUUUUUCUGCAGAAGAGGCAUGACUAAUCAUAGCAGUGGGAAGGUGUGGUAUAUGUGCAAAGAGUGACUGCAGCUGCAGUAAUAUCAUGUUUGUUUCAAAGCUUGAUUGUUUGAAACGUCUUAAGACUGAAAUUUAUCUAGUGUAGCUUCUACAUCUGCUAGCAAGAAGCAGCAAAAAGCUUUAGGGGACUUUUCUGCUGAAAAGGUUUAAGUUUUAGUAACUGAUGUGAUUGAAGAGGGUGUUGCUGCCAAAAAUUGUAAUUGUGUCAUGUGUUUUGAUUUUCUGCUAACCUUGCACAGCUAUAUUCAAUCCAUGGGUGUUCUUAUCGAGAAAACUUUAAGUUCAUCUUAUUUUUUGAGAGUGGUGACGAGAAGCAGAAAAAAUAGUUAUCUGAUAUAAUCAAGAGUGUGGCCUUAUGGAGGACACAGUAUUUAGUAGAAAUGACACUUCUAUUAAAGAGAAUAAUACAAUUGAAAAGAAUGUACCAGGAGAUGUUGAUGAACAUCUUCCAGAAAUGACAUUGAUUAGAAAUGUUAUGCCCUCCAUGGAAGAGCUAAAUGCAGUUGAAAAAGAUUUUUUUAAAAGAUUGGAAAAACCUGGAGACAGUGAUAAACAUCUUCAACGAAUGGCAUUGAAUAGAAAUGAUAGGCCUUGCACUAAAGAGCAAAGUGUGGUUGAAAAGGAUGAAUCUAAAAGGCUAGAUGAAGUCAAAGCUGUUGAAGAUCUUGGAGUUAGUGAAAGAGAGGAUGAAGUUGAAGGUGAUGAAGAUCUUCAAGGAGUUAAUGAAAAACAGGAAGAAGAGAGCAAAGUGGGAAAAAUAUCUACAAAAUCAGGCAAAUCUAAAAGGAAGGAGCUACAUUCAACCACUAAAGUAAAUGCUUUAUCUGAUAGUUGGGAUGAUGAGGAGAGAGGAGUAAUUUUGCAAGUUUACGAACUGCUUUUUACAUCUCAAUGCAAUGAUGAGAAGCCAUAUUCACAUUUUGCCUUUUUUAUUAAAUCUGUAUUGGAUAUCGACAUUACAGAUACAGAUAUAGAUCUAUUUUUAACUUCAGAUAAAAUUGUUAAGGCAAAACUUUUGCCAAGUGGAAAAAUGACUUUGAAUUCGACCCAGUUGAGGAAUGCAAAAGAUUUUCAAGAAAUAAUUUUCAAUGGAAUUUAUGGGAAUCUAAGGAAUAGGAAAAUAAUCACUGAAACAAAAAAUCUAUGGUGCAGUUCCUAUAUGUACCUCCUUUUGCCCUUAGAAUCAGAUAAGUCUGGUGCAAUUGGUAUUGACUGGAAAUGCAUUGAAACAUGCGCAGCAAGUGCUAGAGAAUUUAAAUUACUUUCAACCAUUUCAAAAGAGAACCAUAGUACUAUUGUUAUUGAUAAUACAAAAAAGGUUCCUAUGGCAGGAUCAACGCAUUUGUAUAGCCAAGGGGAAUCAGAAAUUUUAAUUCUGGCACGCGGCAUUUGUGAAUCUUCAAAUUUGAUAGAUAAAGCAGUAGUUACGGUUCAUAAUGGAAUGAUUUACCAAGUGGUGAGUAUUAUUCAUGACGCAACUGCUAAGAGUCCCUUCCCGUCAAAAAAAGAUUCUAAGCCACGUUAUGAUAGCUACAGCGACUAUUUUCAGAAAAUGCAUGGAAAGAAACUUAAGCAUUUGAAUCAACCACUUCUUAUGGUAAAGCAUGUCGAGCAACUCUAUAAUUUUCUUGUAAAAGACCAGCAGAAGCCUAUUGUGAAUGAAGGAAAGUUUGUAGAGCUUCCUCCAGAGUUGUGUUUGAAUUUGGGUGUUUCAAGUUCUGUUAUGAGAUCAUUGUAUUUGGUUCCAUCUGUCAUGCAUCGCCUGACUUCUUUAAUGCUUGCAAGCCAACUCCAUAAAGCAAUCAGGGAAGAACGCUCAGAUUGCCCCCCUGUACCUGCAUCGCUGAUAAUGGAAGCACUCACUUCACGUAAAUGCUCUGAGUGUUUUUCGUAUGAGCGCUUGGAGUUAUUAGGUGAUUCAUUUUUGAAAUUUGUCAUUAGUCAGCAUCUUUUUAUGAAAUAUGAAAAUGAGGAUGAAGGACAAUUAUCAGCACGUAGAGCUGAGGCAGUUUGUAACAAAACUCUUCAUCGCUUAGCCCUGGAUCACAAUUUGGAGGGAUACAUUAUAGAUGAACUAUUUGAUGUGUGUAAAUGGGUCGCUCCUGGGUUAUUUUUUAGAAGUAUUGUUCCCUGCACUUGUAACCCAGGAGAUCCUAACAGUCUUCGAAUGGGGGAAGUUUGUGACAAGGGACAUCGAUGGAUUUACUCGAAAACAAUAUCAGAUGUUGUGGAAGCUUUAAUUGGAGCACAUUUAGUUGGAGGGGGCACAAAUGCAGCCCUUGAGUUCAUGAGGUGGAUGAACAUGGAGGUUGAUAUUGAAGACAAGUCGGUGAAGAUUGCAUUCAAUCACUCAUUUGCUCAUCCUAAUGCAUUCAAGACAGAGAGAUUGAACACAAGUUUGGAUGAAUUGCAAUUGCUUCUACGUUAUCACUUUGAGAACCCAUGCCUCUUAAUGGAAGCACUCACGCAUGCUUCAAUUAAUGAACGUGGAAGAUGUUCCUACCAGCGAUUAGAAUUCCUAGGCGACUCAGUGCUGGAUCUUCUUAUUACUCAAUAUCUAUAUUCAACAUACCAAGAACUAUCUCCAGGAACUUUAUCAGAUUUACGACAGGUAGCUGUUAAUAACGAGAAUUUUGCUCAAGCAAUAGUGAAACAUGGUAUUCACAACUAUAUUCAUCAUAAUUCAGAUGAAUUACGAAAUCAAAUAGCAAAGUUUGUAGAGGAUUUUGAACGAUGUAAAGGUGGCGAUUGCCAAUUUAUAUCAUUUGGAGGAGGGAUGCGUGCUCCCAAGGUACUAGGAGAUUUAAUAGAAAGCAUUUCAGGCGCAAUAUUAGUGGAUACCCAACUUAAACCAAAUGUUGUAUGGGAUAAAAUAUACCCUAUUUUGUCUCCCAUUGUUACACCUGAAAAUGUGGUACCACAACCACUACGAGAGUUGUAUGAGCUUUGUGAUCAGCAACAUUAUAAAUACAAUUGGAAGCCCAUUAUUAAGACAGGGAAUGUUUAUGCCGCCACUAUACAAAUACAGCUCGAGGACUUCAAUAUAUAUGGAGAAGGGUCAAAUAAGAAUUCAAAGCUUGCAAUGACUAAAGCCGCCAUAGAUGCGUUGGCACAGCUACGGGUUAAGGGCAUAGGUCAUGGUCGCCAUAUCUUUGUCCAGAGUACAAUAGACACGAUUGGGAAUGAAGCUCCACGUUUAUCCAAUCUCAUUGCUCAAGAAAAAAUGAUAAUUGCUAGCAGUCCACAAAUAGAUUCGGAAGAAGUGGAUCAAUGUUGCGGAGGACAAGUAGAUCAGGAGAAGAAUUUGCUUUAUAGCAGCAAAUCAAUGCAAGGUGUUUAUAGAAAAAAUCUAAAUGAAGUGUGCCAAAAAAUGCAUUUUAGGAGACCUAAAUUUGAGUUGAUAGAAGAAGUUGGCAUGCCUCAUGAAAACAAAUUUUUAUUCAAAGUCAUGGUAGACAUUCCCAAUAAAGAAAGCCUCUCAAUUCAAGGCAAACAAGAAAGAGACUAUGCACAUGCAAAAGAUUCAGCUGCAUAUAAUAUGUUGGUGGAACUUCAAAAACAUGGAUUAUGUUCUAUUUAACAUUUCAGUAAUGAUUGUGAACAACAUAAAUGUCAAACCUCUUUUAUAAAGAUCAAGCACUUACAAUU